UUAAAUGGCACUCCUCCCCGCUGUGUGUGAGCCCCACGCCACUUGACAUGCCCUGAGCCUCCGCAUGUGUGCCUGUGUGUGUGUUUGGGUGCCCGCUUGCAUGUCUACUGGCAGCUUUGCCCUCUUCCCGCCCCACUCAUGUCACUGGCGCUGCACACCUGCGUGUCUGUGUGUCUGUGUGUCUGUGCGCACAUGAGAGGAGAGGAGCGAGGGGAGGUGAGACAGUCACCUUUAUAGGAAGCACCAGCAUUUGUUGCAAAGUGUGAAAACAAACUCUGCCACCUCUUGGACUGCUCUGAGUGGACAGAUCGCCUCACAUAAUGCCAUCUUUUGAUGAAGUUUUGAAGGAAGCGGGGGAGUUUGGAAGAUUUCAAAAGAGAGUCUUUUUCCUCCUUUGCCAGACAGGCAUAACUUUUUCUUUCCUGUUUGCCAGCAUGGUUUUCCUUGGGCCGGCACCGGAUGGCUACUGGUGCAGGAUCCCUGGGGCAGCUGAAUUAAGCGAACGAUGUGGCUGGACGCUGGAAGAGGAAGAAAACCUUACGGUACUGCCCCUGCGCCUGGCGAAUGGGUCCUCCAGCGGAAAGUGUGAGAGGCUGGACAUUGUGUGGGACAACUCCGUCAGCUGCACCAGCCCGCUCACCCGCUACGGCAAUCACAGCGUGAGCAAUCUGCCACUUGCUGCAUGUCACGAUAACUGGGUGUACAAACAGCCCCACUCGUCCAUCGUCAGCGAGUAUAACCUAGUGUGCAGCAAUGCCUGGAUGCUGGAUCUCUCACAGGCUAUCCUCAGUCUGGGCUUUCUGACCGGCUCAUUCACCCUGGGCUACGCUGCAGACAGAUAUGGAAGACUCCUCAUCUACCUGCUCUCCUGUCUCGGGGUUGGGAUAUGUGGUAUCAUAGUGGCAUUUUCACCAAACUUUACUGUAUUUUUGAUCUUCCGUUUUCUCCAAGGCAUGUUUGGCAAGGGAACCUGGAUGACAUGCUACGUGAUUGUCACAGAGAUUGUUGGUUCAGACCAGCGGAUUGUUGGGAUCGUGAUUCAGGUGUUCUUCACCCUGGGAAUUAUGAUUCUCCCUGGAAUUGCAUACUUGGUUCCCACCUGGCAGGGGAUCCAGCUGGUCAUUUCACUACCCAACUUCCUCUUCCUGCUCUAUUACUGGGUGGUUCCCGAAUCUCCACGUUGGCUCCUGACACGAAAAAAAGGAGAGAAGGCAUUAAAAAUCAUGCAUAACAUUGCAAAACACAAUGGGAAAUAUCUCUCACCACAUUACUCAGAGAUCACUAUUAGCAAUGAGGAAGUCAGCAACCCCUCCUUUCUUGACCUGGUGAGGACUCCCAGGAUGAGAAGAAACACGCUCAUCUUUAUGUACGCAUGGUUCACAAGUGCCCUGAUCUACCAAGGGCUUGUCAUGCGCCUAGGAAUUGUCGGAGGAAACCUGUACCUAGACUUCUUCAUCUCAGGAGCAGUGGAGCUGCCUGCUGCACUUCUAAUUUUACUGACAAUUGAUCGCAUUGGCCGGCGUCUUCCCUUUGGAAUAAGCAAUAUUGUGGCAGGAAUUGCAUGCCUCAUUACUGCCUUCUUGCCAGAAGAUAUGCCAUGGCUCAAAACGACGGUUGCCACGCUGGGAAGACUGGGCAUCACCAUGUCUUUUGAAAUUGUCUAUCUUGUGAACAGUGAACUGUACCCUACGACACUGAGAAACUUUGGCGUUUCCCUGUGCUCGAGUUUGUGUGACCUAGGUGGGAUCAUAGCCCCGUUCCUGCUUUUCCGAUUAGCAGCCAUUUGGUUGGAGCUACCUCUAAUUAUUUUCAGUAUUCUUGCAGUUGUCUGUGGGCUCCUAGUAUUUCUUUUACCAGAGACAAAGGGAAUCUCCUUACCAGAGACAGUGGAGGACGUGGAGCAAAUUUCAAGUCACUUUGGUAAAUGUGGCAAGAAACAGAAACACCGGGACACCAACUCUUAUAUUUGAACUUUGAAGGACCGCACUGUGCAAAGAACCAUUUUCCCAUACUGGGAAUUUGUUCUCCACCUGCCACUACUUCAAAAUUUGCUGCAGAAUAUGGAUUGAGCUCCAUGUUCUUCUUCUGAGCACAAGGACAUUUAAAACAAGCAGUGUAUUUUUCUAUAAAUACGUAAUAAAUUCAUUUUUUCUGAGUA